AUGCAAUAUUUAUCUCUCGCCCUGCCGCUGGCUGCGUUGAUCAGCGGCACCUUUGCCAACCCCCUCGAACGACGAGGGUAUGCCGACUGCAAGUCGAAUGCGUGCUUGGCCGCCGUGACGGGCAAGGCAGCUCUUGGUGACGGACACCUUCGAGCUGGUCACUGCGCCAGCUUUUUGGCCACGACCGUUACUCCUCCCGCCAUCACCGAAACCCUGACUUUGACUGGAGUCGGAAAGGAUGCAGGCCUCUGGAAGCGCGCCAGCGUGACCGUUUGCCCGAAUGAGGUUCCCAACUACGCCAGUGCUUGCGACGACGCUGCCUAUUCGAGCGCAUGCGCAUGCUUCGGAUUCACCGAGGUCAAAACCACCACGAUUGCACCAACGACUACCACCAAGACGGUAUACGUUGCUCCCACUGGCGCCGCCUGUUCGACCGCCACUGUUGUCUCCGGCUCUACAUGCCCUGCUGCCAGCACCGUCACCCAGACGGUUGCUGUGUCCGGCACCAUCACUGCUUCAAUAGUCACCGUCACCCAGACGGUUGCUGUGUCCGGCAACAUCACCGCUUCAACAGUCACCGUCACCGUCACCAGCUCCGGUUCGGCAGGGAACGGCUCGACUACCACCGUGGUCAGCAGCAGCUCGACCAGCUCGACCACCGCCACCGCCACCACCACUAGCUCUGCUCCAGCAUCCAGCUGUGUGGUCGACGAUGCCAAGGCUAGCCAGAUUGCCGGCAACUUCGCGCAACUGUUGGAGUUCACCUCCUACGCUGGUAAUCCAGCCCAGGGCAUCCCAGCUGGCAGUGGUUACAGACAGGAUGUUUCAGAUGCUACGCUGUCCGACAACUUCACCGAUAUCUCUGACUCGAUCAACUUCAUGGCCGGGUUCCCGCUCGGAUCAGUCACCUUCCCUAGCAAGGCCGCCUUCGACUACGGCCAAGGCGUCCUACAACCCGAAGUGACCGUUACGACGCUGAACAUCUUCCAUGACUGCAACAGCAUCACCUGGAGAUAUCGUCUGCUUUCCAACCCUCAAGCCCUCCCUGUGACGGGCAUCAACUACAUGAUUAUCGACCCUGCAGAUGGCAAGGUCCUCAAGAACUACGCCGAGUUCGACAACGGUGCCUGGCUCCAAUCGUUCGGCCGACAGUGCGCGACAAGCAAUGUCUCCGUUUACCCUGGCCCUCCGGCAACCAAGCGGUCCGUUGAUGGACAAUUGAUGGACGUCGAGGCUUUCCACCACUAA